AUGCCUACGCAGACCAACUACGGCUACACGGGCACGGCGGCCACGUCGGGUUCCACGGCCACCGUGGCCGCCGGUGCGGCCGCGGUGGGCACUGCCGCGCUGGCGGCAGGGGCCUACUACGCCUACACCGAAAAGUACGGGGAUUCCCCCUCCCAUCGGCGCCGAACCGUGAGCGACAUUCAGAAGGUGGAUUGGUGUAUUGUGAUGGCGCCCGGAUCCCGCAGCGGAGACUUCAUGCAGUGCAACAAGUGCUACGACUUGUUCGGCUACUCAGAUUGCCAAUCCGCGAAAGCCUGCAACACAGCGACUGGAUGCACUUAUACUGCAACACAGAACUUCAUCCGCGACGACCUGGCGCUCACUGGAUUUGUGCCCAAGAGAUACACCUUCCCUUUCCAAGUGACCUUCACCAGCAUCACCGGGGGCAUCGACACGGACCCCGUCACUGGCAUUUGCCCGCCGGUGACGAAGGCCCAAGCGGAUCUGAUUGAGACGUUCAACAAGACCAUGUCCUUCAAGCCCCAAUUCUUCGUGGUGCUCACGAAGCAAGACGUGCUGAGACAAGCCAUGACCUGUGACACCGACACCACGGCCACGUGCACAAGUACUUGCUAUCUCAACAACACGAAUUGCGAGAGUGGUGUUUGCGUUUGCGAGAAUGGCUACUGUUGGAACGGUGACAGCUGCGCCUUGGCAUCGACAAUCAGCCGGAGCUGGUCGGAGAAGCUGAGCUGGCCACUGCUGGCCUUGGUGUCGUAUCUCGGUUUCCUUUGA